AUGGCGACUCAUACCAUGAACGGGCCUGAGCCCGUCAACGAAGUGUCUGUCCCAGACAUUGAGAAGGCUCCCGCCAACAACAACAUCAUGGUCGAUGAGGAUCUCAAGGACUUCUCCGAUGAUGAGUUCAAGCAGCAGGGUGUCAAGAAAGCCGAGGCCAUCACCAGCGUCUGGACCAAGAAGAUGCUGAUUGCCACAUUUGUCUUUCUGUUCCUCGUCUCCUUCGUCGAUAGUCUGCUCCAAAAUGUGCAGAGCAACCUCAUUCCAUACGUCACUUCAGCCUUCGCUUCACACGGUCUUCUCGCCUCAACUGGUAUCGUAGCCUCGAUUCUGGGUGCCGUCUGGAACUUGACCCUCGCCAAGAUCAUUGACAUCUGGGGUCGAGUCUGGGGCUUCGGUGCCAUGGUUCUCCUGAUUGUUGUCGGUAUGAUCAUGAAGGCUACAUGCAACAGCGUCGAGAUGUAUGCUGCUGCGCAUACGUUCUACUGGGUUGGCCAUCUCGGUCUCAUCUAUGUCAUUGACGUUGUCGUCGCUGACACCACUACUCUCCGCAACCGAUUGAUCAUCAUGGGUAUCAACUACACGCCUACCAUCAGCUCCACUUUCGCCGGUCCCAAGAUUGCUGAGCUCUUUUUGAAGAACGUCAACUUCCGAUGGGCUUUUGGUUCGUUCUGUAUCAUCCUGUUGGCGUUCUGCAUUCCCGUCAUGGUUAUCUUCAUCAUGAAUGAGAUGAAGGCCAAGAAGUUUGGCCUUGCCCCUGAGAAGGUACACAACCGCACUAUUUGGGAGUCCUUCAAGUAUUACUUUGUGCAGUUCGAUGUUAUUGGCCUUUUCCUGACCAGUGCCGGCUGGGCUCUACUCCUACUCCCUUUCAGCAUCGCUGCUACUGCUCCCAACGGAUGGGCCACAGGUUACAUCAUUGCCAUGCCAGUCCUUGGUGUCGUUCUCAUUGCCAGCUUCGUCGUCUGGGAGAAGUUCUUCGCCCCUGUGCCUUACUUCCCCUUCCACCUACUUGCCGAUCGCACCAUCUUGGGAGCCUGUCUCAUCUAUGGUAUUAUGUUUGCCUCUAUCUUCUGCUGGGAUACCUAUUACGGCUCUUACUUGCAGGUUGUUCACUUUGAGAGUGUCACUACUUCUGGUUAUAUCCUCAACUCGUUCUCUCUGAUGGCUGCUUUCGUUGGACCCUUCGUUGGUAUCGCCAUUCGAUACCUGGGACGCUUCAAGUGGCCUUCUUUCGUCGGUGUGCCUUUCUUGGUUCUCGGUACCGCCCUUCUCAUCCAUUUCCGUCACCCUGAGACUGCCGUCAACUGGCUCGUCAUGUGUCAGCUUUUCAACGGUAUCUACAGUGGUAUCUGGUCCUUGACUGCUCGUAUCGCAGUCAUGUCUUCCGUCAAGCAUCAGGAUGUCGCCGUCGCUCUGGCAAUCUGGGGUAUGUUCGGCGGUAUCGGUUCCUCCAUAGGUGUGGCCAUUGCUGGCGGCAUCUGGACAAACAUGCUACCCACUGAGCUUGCCAAGCAGCUCCCAGAGUCUGCCAAGAACAUGACUGCUACCAUCUAUGGCGACAUUAACGUUCAGUUGUCUUACCCUGCUGGUAGCCCUGAGCGAGACGCUAUAAUUGCUGCUUAUGACUAUGUGCAGCAAAAGAUGAUCUAUGCUGGUUGCGCGUUCAUCCCUCUCUGCGUCGUCUGCCUCUUCAUGUGGAGGAACAUCGACAUCAAGGAGAAGGAUGCUCAAAGCAAGCAGGCCAAGGGCAUGGUCUUUUAA